AUGGACGGAGGAGAAGAAGAUGAAGAUAGACAGGAAGAAUUACGAGAAGAAGGGGUAGAACGAACUACGUACGCCAGGGAGAAUUUUAGGAUGAAGAAAAUGAAGACGAAGAUGAAUAUGGAGAAGAAGAUGAAGGAGAAGAAAGAAGGGAUCAAGGGAUUCUGUAAAGAUGAAGGAGAGGAAGAAGAUUUGGAAGAAGUAGAUGAGUGA